AUGGACAAAAGGAAGCUCUCUGAUGACCCUAGCGAGGGUCAAACCCUGCCUUCUCCCAAACGACGCAUCCUCGGCCCAUCCCUCCCUCCACCUACCGAGAAUACACCCGCCGAUUCAGCCUCAAAUUCAGAUGCCGCCAGUGGCAGUGAUAGCGAUGACAGCGACGACGACUUUGGACCCAGCUUGCCUCCUCCAGCCGGACAAUCAAUGGCUCCUACAGCUAUACCUGCUUCGUCUGCCCAUUCGAAUACGCCUGACAAGGAACAAAAGCCAGAGACUCAACGAGAUGACUGGAUGCUACAUCCACCCGAGAACAGCGACUGGGCCUCCAAGAUCGACCCAACACAGCUCCGGAAUCGCAAAUUCCAAACAGGAAAAUCAGCUCGUUCGGCAACAGCGGGUUCAAAGGGUCUUGAUGCCGCAUGGGUGGAGACACCCGAAGAGAAAUUGAGACGGUUGGAAGAUCAAGUCAUGGGUGUCGGUGCCCCCUCUAGCGGACCAACACAAUCCUUGGCGGGCAAUUUCAAUGCGGCCAAGGAUAAGGAAAUGGAGGAGAAGAUCAAAAAAUACAAUGACCGUGCUGCAAAGAAGACCCGACUGGAAAAGUCAGAGAGUAAGCGCAAAGAGGAAGAGGACGAUCCAAGCACACGCGCAUUUGAUCGCGAGAAGGAUAUGGCGGUUUCUUCCAAGAUCUCGAAUUCCCAACGCCGGGAGAUGGUUAGCAAGGCUAGUGACUACAGCUCGAGGUUUAGCAAGGGAAGCUUCUUAUGA